AUGUCAACUACGUACAACCAGUCAGCAAACGGCUAUUCAGGUGGUGGAGGAGGAGGCGGACCUGGCUACACUGAAAAUCUUGAAUACAACGAACAAGGUGAACAUUUAGACGAAGACGAAUUUGGACGUACCGAGGAAGAAUUUUAUGAAGAUAUGCAGCGAGAAUUAGCUGAUGAUGCUCCAUGGAAAAGAAUACAACAAAAUACAUUUACACGUUGGGCUAAUGAACAUUUAAAAUUAGUUAAUCGUCAUAUUGAGGAUUUACAAUCGGAAUUAAGUGAUGGUUUAAAUUUAAUUGCUUUAAUUGAAGUUUUAUCACAAAAAAAAGUUCCACGUCAUAAUAAACGACCUAAUUUUCGUUCACAAAAAUUAGAAAAUGUAUCUGUUGUAUUAGAUUUUCUUGAAAAUACAGAACGUAUACGUCUUGUUAAUAUUGAUGCUUCACAUAUUGUUGAUGGUAAAUUAAAAUUAAUUCUUGGUUUAAUAUGGACAUUAAUUUUACAUUAUUCAAUUUCAUUACCAAUGUGGGAAUUCGAACAACCCGAUGCACCUGGUUCAGGAAGAGAUGCAACACCAAAACAAAAACUUAUGCAUUGGAUUCAAGAAAAAUUACCACCAGAAUUACCAAUUACAAAUUUUACAUCUGAUUGGAAUGAUGGUCGUGCUAUUGGUGCACUUGUUGAUGCAUGUGCACCAGGACUUUAUCCGGAUUGGAAUGAUCAAGAUCCAAAGAAUGCAUUAGAAAAUGCUAAAGAAGCUAUGGAUUUAGCUGAACAUUGGUUAGGUAUACCACAAUUAAUACAACCACAUGAAAUGAUUAAUCCAAAAGUUGAUGAACAAUCUAUGAUGACAUAUUUAUCACAAUAUCCAAGUGCUAAAUUAAAACCAGGUGCACCUAUUAGACCAAAGACAAAUUCAGCACGAGUUCGAUGUUAUGGCAAAGGUAUUGAACCGAAUGGUAAUCAUGUUGAUACACCAGCUAAAUUUCAUGUUGAAACUUUUGCUGCCGGCAAAGGUAAUGUUGAUGUUGUCAUUAUUAAUCCAAAAGGACAACGAGAAAAGUGUGAUGUGGAUUUUCGUAAUGAUAAAAAUCAAACAUAUGAUUGCACAUAUUAUCCAACAAUGGAAGGACAAUAUAAAGUUAUUGUUAAAUUUGCUGGACAAGAAGUACCAAAAUCACCAUUUUCACCUUAUAUCGAAGGAAAAGCAGGUGAUGCUAGUAAAUGUCGUGCACAUGGACCUGGUCUUGAACCAAAUGGUGUUAUGGUUGAUAAACCAACAUGGUUUGAAAUCGAUGCAAUAGAUGCUGGUAAUGGUCUUGCUGAAGUUGUACUUGUUGAUCCACGUGGUCGACAAGAUGUUGUACCUGUAGCAGUUAAACAAACUAGUCCUGGAAAAUUUCGUUGUGAAUAUGUACCACGUGAACCUGGUCUUCAUUUAGUAAAUAUAUUAUUUGCUGGUCGACCUGUACCAAAUAGUCCAUAUGGCGUUAAUAUUUCAUCAUCAUCAAUUUCAUCAUACGAUGAUUUAAGAGAUAGAUUAACAACAAGUGAGGAUGAUUAUUAUUCAUCAAUUGAAUUAGAACGAUCAAAAAGUACAACUAGUAGUGAUACAAUAUGUGCUCUAAGAUAUCAAAAUGCAUCUGACGCCAAAAAAUGUCGUGCUUUUGGACGAGGUAUUCAACCAAAAGGUGUUCGUACUGGUGAUGUAGCUGAAUUUCGUGUUAUUACAAAAGAUGCUGGAGAAGGUAUUAUGAAAGCAACAGUAACUGGACCAGAUGGUUUGGAAAUUCCUUGUCGUGUAACAAAAGCAAAUACUACAACAUAUGAAUGUGGUUAUGUACCAAAUCGUGCAGGACCUCAUACAGUUAAUAUAACAUAUGGUGGUGCUCAUAUACCUAAAAGUCCAUUUCCAGUCGAUGUAGAACCAUAUAAAGAUUCAAGAAUACGAGCAUUUGGACCAGGUCUUGAAGGUGGUAUUAUUGGUUUUCCAGCUGAUUUUGUUGUUGAAACAAAUGGUGAAACUGGUUCAUUAGGUUUUUCAAUCGAAGGACCAUCACAAGCACGUAUUGAAUGUAAUGAUAAUGGUGAUGGUUCAGCUAAUGUUCGUUAUUGGCCAACAAUACAAGGUGAAUAUGCUGUACAUAUUCUUUGCAAUGAUGAAGAUAUACCACAUUCACCAUUUAUGGCAUGGAUUGAAGCACCAGGAAAUUUUGAUUCGGAUAAAGUUAAAGCUUAUGGUCCAGGACUUGAACCAUCAGGACAAAUUAUUGAUAAACCAACAGAAUUUACAAUUGAUACACAUAAUGCUGGUGAAGCAGCAUUACGUGUUCAAGCUAUUGAUCAAGAUUAUCAACCAGUUGAUGUUCAUGUAAGAAAUAAUGGUAAUGGUACAUAUACUUGUCGUUAUACACCAAGAAAUCCUAAUCGUCAUUGUAUAUUAAUUGAUUAUGGUGGUGUUGCUAUACCACAUAGUCCAUUUCGAGUUUGGCCAUCAGAACCAUCAAAUCCAUCCAAAGUUCGUGUUUAUGGUCCUGGUGUUGAACGUGGUGUUAAAAUGAAUACUCCAACACAAUUUACUGUUGAUUGUAAAGAAGCAGGACCAGUGAUUUCUACUAAUCUCAAUCAUCGUUUUCGUUCACUUGAUUCGCUCGAUAUUGAUAAAUGUGACGAUGAUAUCAUACCAUACAAAAUUGAUGUACAAGAUUUAGAUAAUGAACAACAUUGUUCAUAUGCUUUACAAAAUGAUGAUACAAAUAAUUCAAUGCAUAUUACAUAUAGACCACAAGCACGUGAUAUAUCAAUUGCUUUAACUGAUACAAAAAAUCAAGAUGUUCCAUUUACUAUUGAUGAUAAUCAAGAUGGAACAUUUACUAUAGCUUAUACAGCAAAAUUACCUGGUGUACAUUGUAUAAGUGUUCUAUUUGGCGAUAAUGAAAUACCUAUAUCACCAAUUAAAGUUAAUAUUGAACCAAGUGUUGAUGUAAAUAAAAUACGUAUUGAAGGUCUUGAAACAAUGCCUAUUGUUGGACAACCUGCUCAGGUAAUAUUAAAUACAUUAGCAGCUGGUCCAUUACCAGCUAAUGCAAUUCAUGCUCGUAUUGUUGGACCAAAAGGUAAUACACAAGAAGCAAUUGUAACACCAGCACCACAAGGUUAUAAUCUUCGUUUUAAUGUACCUGAAUCAGGUACAUACGUAAUCGAACCCGAUGUAUGUACAUUACCCUUACAUCCAGUACAAAUCACAGCUAUUGAACCACUUGAUCCGAAUAAAGUACGUGCCUAUGGACCAGGUCUAUCACAGGGUACAGUUAAUAAACCAGCUGAUUUUAUUGUUGAUACACGUGGUGCUGGUAAUGGUCAAUUAGCUGUGACAGUUGAAGGACCAUCAGAAUCAAAAAUUGAUUAUCAAGAUAAUAAUGAUGGUAGUUGUUGUGUUACUUAUCAUCCGACAGUUUCUGGUAAUUAUAAUAUCAAUAUAUUAUAUGAAGGAAAACAUAUCCCUGGUUCACCAUUUCGUUCUGCUGUAAGAGCCGAUCUUGAUACACAUUCUAUUCGUUGUUAUGGACCUGGUCUCGAUUCGAACGGAGUAUUUCUUGAAAGUCCAACUGAUUUUACUGUUGAUGCUAAAUUAGUAACGGGUAGUGGUUCAGGUCGUGUUGAAUGUUUAUUAACAUCACCAAGUGGUCGUGUUGUACGAUGUCCUGUUAAAAAUAUGUCCGAUGGAACAUAUCUUGUUCAAUAUGCACCUUAUGAACCAGGCAUGCAUCAAUUAGAAGUGACCUAUGAAAAUAUUCCUGUUCCUGGUAGUCCAUUUCAAGUUAGUGCUGUUCCAGGUUGUGAUUCAACACGUGUACGUGCAUAUGGACCUGGUCUUGAAAAUGCAAUAACAAAUGAACCAACAAGAUUUACAAUUGAAACAAAAAGUGCUGGACAAGGUAGUCUUGGUUUAGCAAUUGAAGGACCAUCCGAAGCUAAAAUGAUUUGUAAAGAUAAUCAAGAUGGUACUUGUAUUAUGGAAUAUUUACCUACGAAAGCUGGUCAAUAUGAUAUAGCAAUUAAAUUUUCUGAACAUCAUAUACCAGGCUCACCAUUUCGUGUCAAUGUAAAUGAUCGAGUUGAUGCUAAUCGUGUUAAUGUUAAAAUGAAUUCAACAAUGCGUGCUAAUGUUUUACAAGAAAUUGUAAUUGAUGGACUAACAGCUGGACCAGGUAGUCCAACAAUUGAUAUUACUGAUAUGCAUGGUCGUCGCAAACCGGCUAGUAUUCGACCUAGAGGCGAAGGCGUUUACACUGCAGAAUUUACUCCACAAGCAGAAGGUUCACAUCGUAUUGAUAUUAAUUGGAGUGAUCAGCCAAUACCUCAAAGUCCAUUUAACAUUAAAGUACUUCCUCAUUUUGAACCAAAUAAAGUUAUUGUUGACGGAGCAGGUAUUCGUAACGGUAUACCAGCAUCACUUGAAACAAGUUUUCGUAUUGAUACACGUGAAGCUGGUUUUGAACAACCUGACGUUUCAAUUAAAAAUCCCGAAGGUCUUUUAACAUCAUCGAAAAUUAUUGAUAAUAAAGAUGGAACCUAUAAGGUAACAUAUAAACCGAAUGAUGUUGGCCGUUAUAUAAUUAAUGUUAAUUAUGGUGGUAUUCCGGUUCAUAAUUCUCCAUUCAACGUGAAAGUGGAACCAACCGGAGAUCCAACGAAAUGCCAUAUUUCGGGCAGUGGCAUUAAUCCUAAUGUUCAAGUAGGUGAAGAAUAUAAAAUAACUGUUGAUACACAUGAUGCCGGCCCGGGCGCAGUAACAUGCCGUAUACGUUCAACACUUGGCAAUGAUCUUGAUAUUGAUAUUGUUGAUAAUCAAGAUGGAACAUAUAAUUUAUUCUAUACACCACAUAAUCCAGGAAAUUAUGUUAUUAAAAUAAAAUUUGGUGGACAAGAUAUUCCAGGUGGUGAUUUUGUCAUAACGGCGGGUGAUACACAACAAUAUAUUCGAACACUACAAACAGAAUCUAUUACAACAAGUCAAUAUCGACCUGUCGAUUUUCGUUUACCUGUUGGUGGUGGUAAACUUAGUGAUAUUACUGCAUUAAUACGAACACCAACAGGUAAAUUUCAUACCCCGCUUAUUGAUGAUAAUCAAGAUGGAACUGUUUCAAUAAAAUAUCAACCAUCAGAAAUUGGUUUACAUGAAUUAGAUGUAUUCUAUCAAGGACAACCAAUAGCUGGUUCACCAUUUAAAUUUCAUGUUGAUCAAGUUCAAACAGGUUAUGUUACAGCAUAUGGACCUGGUCUUAGUCAUGGUGUUUGUAAUGAAUCAAGUAGCUUUCGUAUUAUAACUAAAGAUGCUGGUUCAGGUGGUUUAUCAGUUGCUGUUGAAGGAAGUUCAAAAGCUGAAAUACAAUGUAAAGAUAAUAAAGAUGGUACAUGUGAUGUUACUUAUUGGCCGACUGCACCAGGUGAAUAUACAAUAACUGUUAAAUUUGCUGAUAAACAUAUUGUUGGUUCACCAUUUACUGCUAAAGUAACUGGUUCACCAGUAUUAGUUGAAAAUAAUAAACGUUCACAAGUUAUGGUUGGAAAUCAAAGUGAAAUAAGUUUACGUGUAACUGAAAUCGAUAUACAUGAUUUAAAUGCAACAAUACGUUCACCAAGUGGUUUAGAAGAUGUAUGUUUAUUAAAAAAAUUAUCUAAUGGAAGUCUUGGUAUAUCAUUUAUACCAAAAGAAAUUGGUGAUCAUUUAGUAAAUGUUUAUCGUGAUGGUAAACAUAUUAAAAAUAGUCCAUUUCGUAUACAUGUUGGUUCAUCUGAAAUUGGUGAUGCUAAUAAAGUUAGAGUAUUUGGACGAGGUUUAAAAGAAGGUUAUGCUAAUCAAAUAAAUGAUUUUACUGUUGUUACACGUGAUGCUGGUUAUGGUGGUUUAUCAUUAUCAAUUGAAGGACCAUCAAAAGCCGAUAUUGAAUGUCAUGAUAAUGAAGAUGGUUCAUGUCUUGUUACAUUUAGACCAACCGAACCUGGUAUUUAUAUUGUUAAUGUUAAAUUUGCUGAUAAACAUGUACCUGGUAGUCCAUUUACAGUUAGUGUUGGCGGUAGUGGAUCAAGUCGACUUCGUGAAAGUAUUAUACGUGAACGUCGUGCUGUUGAUAUCACACAUAUUGGUAGUCAAUGUGAAUUAUCUCUUAAAAUUCCUGGUACUUCAUCAUUUGAUAUGAGUGCUUAUGUUACAAGCCCAACAGGACGUUUAGAAAAUUGUGAAAUUGUUGAACUUGAUGAUUGUAAUUAUUCAAUUAAAUUUAUUCCAAAAGAAAUGGGUGUUCAUACUGUUAGUGUUAAACAUAAAGAUAUGCAUAUACCUGGAAGUCCAUUUGAAUUUACUGUUGGUCCAAUACUAGGUGGUGGUGCUCAUAAAGUUCGUGCUAGUGGUAAUGGUCUUAUGCGUGGUGAAGUUAAUUCAACAAAUGAAUUUAAUAUUUAUACACGUGAAGCAGGUGCGGGUGGUUUAGCUAUUGCUGUUGAAGGUCCAGCUAAAGCUGAAAUAGAUUUUUUUGAUCGUAAAGAUGGUUCAUGUGGUGUAUCUUAUGUAUGUCCAGAAGCAGGUGAAUAUCAAAUUUCAAUUAAAUUUAAUGAUGAACAUAUACCUGAUUCACCAUUUAAUAUUUCAAUUGCACCACCAUUUGGUGAUGCAAAAAAACUUACAAUACAUAGUCUUAAAACAAAAGGUCUUGAUGUAAAUCGACAAUAUACAUUUACUGUUAAUGUUAAUGGUGCACGUGGUCAUGUUGAUGCUCGUAUAACAGCACCAAGUGGAGUAGAAGAAGCAUGUAUUGUACAAGAUAUGGGUGAUGAUCAUUAUGCUAUUCGAUUUGUACCUAAAGAAAAUGGUAUUCAUUGGAUACAUGUUCGUUUUAAUGGACGUGAUAUACCUGAUUCACCAUUUCGUAUUGUUGUUGGUCAAGCUAAUGCUGAUCCAGGUCGUGUAUUUGCUUCUGGUUCUGGUUUAUAUCAAGGAGAAACUAGUAAACCAUGUGAAUUUUUAAUUGAUACAACAAAUGCUGGUGCUGGUGCAUUAGCUGUUACAGUUGAUGGACCAUCAAAAGUUCAACUUGAUUGUAGAGAAGUAACUGAAGGUUAUCGUGUUACAUUUACACCAACAGCACCUGGAGAUUAUCUUAUUUCAAUUAAAUUUGCUGGUAUUAAUAUUGCUGGUAGUCCAUUUAAAUGUACAGUCGGAGGAACUGGAUAUCCACUAAGUCGUGGAAGUGGUGGUCUAACAACAACGACAUCAUCAUCAUCAUAUGUACAACGUUCAGACGGAAAAAUAACAAGUCAAACAAGAUAUGAUACUGUUGAAAAAUCAACAUCAUAUUCAUCGAGUUCAAGAAAUACUAAUUAUGCUAUUGUUGAUGCAAGUCGAGUAAAAGCACAUGGUGAUGGUUUAGAACGAGCUUUUAGAAAUGAAAAAGCAACGUUUACUGUUGAUACACGUGAUAGUGGAAAUGCUAUGUUAAUGGUGGGUGUAUUUGGUCCAAAACAUCCAUGUGAAGAAGUAUUUAUAAAACAUAUUGGAAAUAAUCAAUAUAAUGUUCAAUAUACUGUUCGAGAGAAGGGUGAAUAUAUGUUGAUUGUUAAAUGGGGUGAUCAACAUAUUCCAGGUUCUCCAUGGCACAUUGAAGUUGUUUAA